AUGGCCAUCACUGUCAAUAGUCUGCUGUCCUGUAGUCUCGUGUGGGGUCUUAUUCAGAGCUGCUAUGCUCUGGUCACCCACUCGUCUCCACAGGAACUGGACCUACAGCCUAGACAGGCCACAUGUAAUACUGCAACCAACAGACAAUGUUGGACGAGCACCUUCAACAUCAACACCGACUACGAGACGUCGUGGCCCAACACGGGUGUAACCAGAACCUAUACCCUGACCCUCACAGAGAUCGACAACUGGGUUGCAGGCGAUGGCAGCACUAAAGUGAAAGCUAUGCUUGUCAAUGGCCAAUUUCCCGGCCCCACCCUUACCGCAAACUGGGGAGACCAAAUCAAUAUAACAGUUGUCAACAAUCUCCGAACGAACGGCACUUCGAUUCACUACCACGGCAUUCGCCAGCUCAACACAAACACUCAAGAUGGAUCCAGCGGCAUCACAGAGUGCCCAGUACCCCCGGGCGCGUCGAGGAAGUACUCCUUUAUUGCCACCCAGUACGGCACGGCGUGGUAUCACAGCCAUUAUUCGGCGCAAUACGGCAAUGGUGUUGUCGGGCCCAUCGUCAUCAGCGGCCCAGCAUCUUCCAAUUACGAUAUCGACUUGGGAUCCUUGAUGGUCACGGACUGGUACAAUGGCGCAGUAAAUCAAAUCGCGGCCAGAGUCAACAACCCCAACAACCCCUAUAUACCAGGCUUCCCCGGUUCCCCUCCCAACAGUGACAAUGUGCUAUUCAAUGGCAAAAACCGCAACCCCGCGACCGGCGGAGGCAGCUACGCCAAGUUCACUCUGACGCCAGGGAGCAAACACCUUGUUCGCCUCAUCAACCCGUCAGUCCACAACUCGUUCACGCUGACGCUGGUUGGGCACUCCUUUACCAUCGUGGCGACCGAUCUCGUGCCGGUGCAGCCCGUGACGGUAACGAGUCUCUAUAUUGGAAUCGGACAGAGAUAUGACGUUAUCAUCGCGGCGAACCAGCCAGUGGCCAACUACUGGUUCAACGCUUCAUUUUCUGCCGGGCCGUGUGGUAUUUCGAACAACCCUCGUCCCGCGGCCAUUUUCUCGUACUCGGGCGCACCGAACGCAAACCCAACUGCUGCCGGUACCGUGCCGCCCGACAGUCUCUGCGCUGACAAGCUCACCUACGUUCCCGUCGUGACCCGCACCGCACCCGCGUCCUCGUACACCCCCGCUACUGGCAAUACGCUCAACACGAAUAUCCAGAUCAACAAUGCGCUCGUGCGCGUCUUCUGGCCCGUCAACAACUCGCCCAUGAGUGUGUCGUGGAAUGAUCCGACACUGGAGUACGUCAAGAAUGGCAACACAGGAGCGAUGCCCGCGGCGCGCAACGUCGUCUCGGUGCCCUCGGCCAACGUGUGGGCUUUCUUUCUAAUCCAGAACAAUUCGAGCAUUCCCCACCCGGUCCACCUGCACGGCCACGACAUCCUCAUCGCCGGAGCCUCCCCUCCCCUUGCCAACCCCAUCAACCCGGCCAACCGAUUGCGUGCCUACAACCCGGCCACGGACGGUCCGAACCUCAAGGGCAACAACCCCACGCGCCGCGACACGACCAUGCUUCCAGCCUGGGGCUGGCUCGUCGUCGCCUUUCGCACCAACAAUCCCGGUGCUUGGCUGUUUCACUGCCACAUUGCCUGGCAUGUCAGCCAAGGCUUCAGCGUGCAGUUCCUCGAGCAGCUGACUGCCAUCCCCACCACCAUGAGCCUCAACGACAUCACGCCCAACUGUGCCGCCUGGGAUGCUUACUACCCCGCGAACGACCCCUUUACGCAGGAUGACUCAGGAAUCUGA